UCAUCAAUACUUUGAAGGAAAUAGAGGACAAAUGAUUAAAACAAGCCCCUUACUUCAGAUGCCAUCAUCAGACCAUUAAACGAGCCUGACACACAUGCACGCUCUCUCACGCAUUCACAUACACAGGCUUACAGCUCCUGUGUCUCUCAUUCCUCUCCCUCUUGUCCUCCAUAAUCUCAACAUUUAAACAGAUUUCUUCAGCAUCAGCUAAGGAUUUUUUUUUUUUACCUCAGUGGGAGGGAAAAGGCGAAAGAAUAACCAAAUCAGCAGCACCAGCCUCCUCUCUCUACUGAUCAUUACCAUCCGAUAGCUUCAGUGUUCCUCUACCCGCCUGUUCGCUGGAUUGUCAUGCUGGACUUUCUUUUCACUCAACCUUCAAUCAAAUCUUCAUCCGUGCUUUACUUCCCUUAAUUCGUCAAGAUUUGGAAAAAGGCUUUGAAUGGCGUUGGUUUAAUACACCACAGGGAAAUGUCUAUGGUGAGGUUCAUAUUCUGAUUUAAAUAUGACCAAGAUGGGAGUCAGGGAUUCCAACAAAAAGAAGGAUUUCCCUCAUAGCUUUUGGAACGUGUGUCUGUGAUCGUGUCCUGCAGAGAUAACCACAGAUUUGGAUUGGAAGGCCAAAUGACAUAGGAUGAAGGCUGUUCGUAAUUUGUUGAUUUAUAUAUUUUCCACCUAUCUACUGGUUAUGUUUGGAUUUAAUUCUGCCCAAGACUUCUGGUGUUCAACAUUAGUAAAAGGAGUCAUUUAUGGAUCGUAUUCGAUAAGCGAGAUGUUUCCCAAAAACUUUACCAACUGCACCUGGACGUUGGAAAACCCAGAUCCGACCAAAUAUAGCAUCUACCUGAAAUUUUCCAAAAAGGACUUCAGCUGCUCUAACUUUUCUCUUUUGGCUUACCAGUUUGAUCACUUCUCUUAUGAGAAAAUACAGGAUCUUUUGAGAAACAACAAUUCCAUAAUGCAGUUGUGCGACACAAAGAAUGCCUUUGUUUUUCUCCACUAUGAUAAAAAUUUUAUUCAGCUACGUCGGAUAUACCCACUUGAUUACAAUGGAUUACACAAAAGGGAUGAUGAAGACCAAAAAUCCUUUUUGGAGUUUCUGGUAUUGAAUAAGGUGAGCCCCAGUCAGUUUGGGUGCCAUGUCCUGUGCACUUGGUUGGAGAACUGCUUAAAAUUGGAAAAUGGCAAAACAGAGCUUUGUGGAAUUAUGUAUACAAAAUGCACCUGUCCCCAGCACUUGGGAGAAUGGGGGAUAGAUGAUCAGUCUUUGGUUUCUCUAAACAAUGUUAUAUUGCCCCUGAAUGAGCAGACUGAGGGCUGUCUGACACAGGAACUUCAAACCACGCAGGUCUGCAACUUGUCAAAGGAAGCAAAACGCCCACCCAAAGAAGAAUUUGGAAUGAUUGGAGAUCAUACAAUUAAAAGUCAGCGACCAAGAUCUGUUCAUGAGAAAAGGGUCACCCAGGAACAAGCUGAUGCUGCUAAAUUUAUGGCACAAACUGGUGAAUCUGGUGUUGAAGAGUGGUCCCAAUGGAGUACAUGUUCAGUUACUUGUGGUCAAGGGUCGCAGGUGCGAACCAGAACUUGUGUACCACCUUACGGGACACACUGCAGCAGCCCCUUAAGAGAAACAAGGGUUUGCAAUAACACUGCCCUCUGUCCAGUAAACGGAGUUUGGGAGGAAUGGUCACCUUGGAGUUUAUGUUCCUUUACAUGUGGAAAAGGCCAAAGAACAAGAACAAGGACUUGUACUCCUCCACAAUAUGGGGGCAGAUUGUGCGGUGGACCAGAAAUUCAGCAUAAGCCUUGCAAUAUUGCUCUUUGCCCUGUUGAUGGCCUAUGGCAGGAAUGGAGUGCUUGGAGCCAAUGCUCAGUAACAUGUUCCAAUGGCACACAGAAGAGACAGCGAGAGUGUUCACCAGCCUCCCACGGUGGCUCCGAUUGUAAAGGACCCUAUAGUGAGACGAGAGAAUGUCAUAAUCAAGAUUGUACAGCUAAUGGACAGUGGAACCAAUGGGGACCUUGGAGUGGUUGUUCUAGGUCAUGUGAUGGAGGAUGGGAGAAAAGAACACGAAGCUGCCAAGGAAUUACAAUUACCGGGCAGCAAUGCGAAGGAUCAGGGGAAGAUGUCCGAAAAUGCAACGAGCAGAGAUGUCCUGCUCCUUAUGAAAUCUGCCCGGAGGACUAUUUGAUGUCUAUGGUAUGGAAAAGAACCCCAGCUGGAGACCUGGCAUUCAAUCGAUGUCCUCUUAAUGCUACUGGAACCACUAGCAGACGCUGCUCGCUCAAUCUUCAUGGUGUAGCCUUCUGGGAACAGCCGAGCUUUGCAAGAUGCAUAUCAGCUGAAUACAGACACUUGCAGCUUUCAAUUAAAGAACAUCUUGCCAAGGGACAAAGAAUGCUGGCUGGGGAAGGAAUGUCUCAGGUGACUAAAACACUGCUUGAUUUAACUCAGAGGAAGCAUUUUUAUGCUGGGGAUCUUCUGAUCUCAGUGGAAAUCCUUAGAAAUGUCACAGACACUUUCAAAAGAGCGAGCUACAUCCCCGCAUCUGAUGGAGUACAGAACUUCUUUCAAAUAGUUAGCAACCUCUUGGAUGAGGAGAACAAAGAAAAGUGGGAAGAAGCACAACAGAUUUACCCAGGCUCGAUAGAACUGAUGCAGGUCAUUGAAGAUUUUAUACACAUUGUCGGAAUGGGAAUGAUGGAUUUUCAGAAUUCCUAUCUCACAACAGGAAAUGUAGUGGCCAGCAUCCAAAAGCUGCCGGCAUCAUCAGUCCUGACAGAUAUCACCUUCCCCAUGAGAGGCAGAAAAGGCAUGGUAGACUGGGCCAGGAACUCGGAAGACAAGGUGGUCAUACCAAAAAGCAUCUUUACUCCAAUGCCAUCAGACUUGGACGAAUCUACAGUAUAUGUACUCGGAGCUGUAUUCUACAAAAACUUAGGCCUUUUUUUACCUUCAUUACGAAAUUUUACAGUGGUAAAUUCUAAGAUAAUCGUUGUUACGAUCCAUCCAGAGCCAAAAUAUUCUGAUUCCUUGGUAGAGAUUGAACUUGCUCAUCUGAACAAUGGUACUCUGAAGCCAUACUGCGUUCUUUGGGAUGACUCAAAAUCGAACGAGUCUUUGGGAACCUGGUCCACCCAGGGAUGUAAAACCGUGCUCACCGAUGCAUCCCAUACAAAAUGCUUAUGUGAUCGUCUCUCUACCUUCGCCAUUUUGGCUCAGCAACCUAGAGAAAUAAUCAUGGAAUAUUCAGGAACUCCCUCCGUCACCCUGAUAAUCGGCUGUGGUCUUUCUUGCUUGGCCUUGAUCACCCUUGCAGUUGUUUACGCCGCACUAUGGAGAUACAUCAAAUCUGAGAGGUCAAUCAUUCUGAUAAACUUCUGUCUGUCCAUCAUCUCAUCUAAUAUCCUUAUCUUGGUGGGCCAAACACAAGUACGAAAUAAGGGUAUUUGCACCAUGACCACAGCCUUCCUACACUUUUUCUUCUUAGCGUCCUUCUGCUGGGUUUUGACAGAAGCCUGGCAGUCCUAUAUGGCCGUCACUGGGAAAAUUAGAACAAGAGUUAUAAGAAAACGGUUUCUGUGCCUCGGUUGGGGGUUGCCAGCAUUAGUUGUGGCUAUAUCAAUGGGAUUUACAAAAGCAAAGGGAUAUGGGACUCCACACUACUGCUGGUUGUCACUUGAAGGAGGCCUUCUGUAUGCCUUUGUUGGACCUGCUGCUGCUGUUGUCCUGGUCAACAUGGUAAUUGGAAUUUUGGUCUUUAAUAAACUUGUUUCAAGAGAUGGUAUCCUUGAUAAAAAGCUUAAACACAGAGCAGGUCAGAUGAGUGAGCCUCAUAGCGGUUUGACGCUCAAAUGUGCCAAGUGUGGAGUAGUUUCAACAACAGCUUUGUCAGCCACCACCGCCAGUAAUGCCAUGGCAUCCCUUUGGAGUUCUUGUGUUGUCCUCCCUCUCCUGGCCUUGACAUGGAUGUCAGCUGUUCUAGCAAUGACAGAUAAAAGAUCGAUAUUGUUUCAGAUACUCUUUGCAGUAUUUGAUUCAUUACAAGGAUUUGUCAUUGUGAUGGUCCACUGCAUUUUACGAAGAGAGGUCCAAGAUGCAUUCAGAUGUCGACUGAGAAACUGCCAGGAUCCUAUAAACGCAGAUUCAUCAAGUUCCUUUCCCAAUGGACAUGCACAAAUCAUGACAGACUUUGAAAAAGAUGUGGACAUUGCCUGUCGGUCAGUUUUACACAAGGACAUUGGCCCCUGCAGAGCUGCUACAAUAACAGGCACCCUCUCCAGGAUUUCACUGAAUGAUGAAGAAGAGGAAAAGGCGAUAAACCCAGAAGGAAUGAGCUAUUCUACCUUGCCAGGAAACAUCAUUUCUAAAGUUAUUAUUCAACAACCAUCUGCUUUGCACAUGCCCAUGAGUAUGGGAGAGAUGGCUGAUCAGUGUUUGAAGAAAGAGAAUAGUGAAUUAAGACGAACUGUGUACUUAUGCACAGAUGACAACCUCAGAGCUGGAGACAUAGAUAUGGUCCAUCCCCAGGAGCGAAUGAUGGAAAGUGACUAUAUUGUAAUGCCAAGAGGCUCUGGGAACAUGCAUUCACAAAUGAAGGAUGAAAAUAAAAUGAACAUAGCUAUGGAUACAUUGCCUCAUGAGAGGCUAUUACACUACAAAGUCAGUCCUGAAUUUAGCAUGAAUCCAGCUGUAAUGGAACAAUUUGGUAUAAAUUUAGAUCAGCAUCUUGUGUCUCAAGAACACAUGCAGAGCCUUCCUUUUGAACCUCGCACAGCAGUAAAGAACUUCAUAGCCUCAGAGAUGGAUGACAGUGCAGGAUUAUCAAGGAGUGAAACAGGUUCUACAAUAUCUAUGAGCUCCCUAGAGAGAAGAAAAUCUCGGUAUUCUGACCUUGACUUUGAAAAGGUCAUGCAUACUCGAAAGAGGCAUAUGGAACUAUUUCAGGAAUUAAACCAGAAAUUUCAAACUCUGGACAGAUUUCGGGAUAUACCAAAUACUGGAAGUAUGGAUAACCCAGCAGUAAACAAGAAUCCAUGGGACAGUUUCAAAAGCCCAAGUGAUUAUCAACACUAUACAACAAUAAAUGUAUUAGAUUCAGAAGCAAAAGAUUCUUUAGAACUUAGACCUUCAGAAUGGGAGAAGUGUCUAAAUUUGCCUUUAGAUGUACAGGAAGGCGACUUUCAAACAGAGGUUUAAUAUUACUAUAAAAAAAAAGACUGAAAGAAGAAAACAAGUCAUUUGCACUGACACUAACAAACUUUAGAAGCCCUGGCGCCUGGACUUUUGUGACAAAUUCAUGUCAGGAACUUCAUGUGCCAAACGUCAGUGUUCUUUAUUUUUUUUCUUUUUUUUCUUUUCAACUUCUUGUCUACUCUCACUGGAAUAUCUAGUGCAGAACCAGGUGUACAAAUCUUACCAUCAUGUGUUGUAAGUACCCGUGGAAUGGAUUUGUAAGGUAAUCUUUAUAGAUCAACCUCAAACAACUAUUCAUGUUGUAACAGCUUCAUUUGGUUUAGUUUUCGAAAAACUUCACCAUGAAGCACAAUGUAUAUAUGCAGUUUUUAAAAUUUAUAACAGUCUGUUUGGCCAUUACUACACUUUUUACUUUAUAAUAUAAAAAGCAAAAUUUUUGUCAUUAAAUGAAUGUUGUUGAGCUAUGUUCUUCAUUGCUUUAAAUGCAAUAAAGUAAUAAUCUCACUUUUAUAUGAAUAAUAUAUUUCACAUCUUUAUUAUUGCAGUUUUAUCUUGGACGCUCCUAGUGGCUUCCUCCGCUGCAGCUCUGUAUAAAAUAUUUAAAAUGUUGUAUGGUGUA